AAUCAUUCCCAAACUUCCUCGUCUAUAUAUGUCCCUUUCCUUCUCCCAACAUCUCGUACAUACUUCUUCCCCACUUUUCAUCAGUAAAUUCACCAGAACAACAAUUAUAUGAGCAGAAGAAGAGAUCCAUCACUAUGAGUUGUAACGGUUGUCGAGUUCUCCGCAAAGGCUGCAAUGAUAAUUGCAUUCUUAGACACAGUCUCCAUGGGAUCGGUACCCCUCAAGCUCAAGCCAACGCCACUGUCUUCGUCGCCAAAUUCUUCGGUCGUGCUGGCCUCAUGUCCUUCCUCUCCUCCGUCUCCGACUCCCAACGCCCCGCUUUAUUCCAAUCUCUAUUAUUCGAAGCGUGUGGUCGAACGGUGAACCCGGUUAACGGAGCAGUCGGGCUGCUCUGGACCGGGAACUGGCACGUAUGCCAGUCCGCGGUCGAGACAGUGCUUCGAGGCGGAACCAUACGGGCCAUGCCCGAGCUGUUUUCCGUCGGAUCUACCCACGUGAUGAUGGAAAACGAUGAUUCUUCAGAAGGAAUCAACUGUAACUUUGAUGUAUCCAGACUGAAGCCAGAAGAUCUAAACCUUGGGCUCACGUCAUCCGACGGUGGGAGAAAUAGUAACCGUAGGAUGACGGAGAAACGGAGAGCGGUGACGCCGUCGGAUGCGUCUGAAACGACGACGUUAGAAUCUUCUUGUAGCGAAACAAAGGUUCUGAAACUCUUUUUAUGAAAGAUCCAUGAGUUUCACCAGGCUAAUUGUUACAUUACCUAUAAAUUUUAUUUUUUUUAUUUUCUUUUUGUGUUUUUUUUUUUUCAUCGGCAAAGAUAUCAAAUUAAUAUGAGAUGUUGAAGGAAAAAAGGGUUCUAAAAUGUAUAAUCUGACCAUUAAUAUAUUGUAUGGUUACGGA